AGCACGUGCAAGAGUGAGUGUAAUUGUUGCAACCAUGGCCUUCAUGAUGCCCGUUGUGAAGAACGAUUGGGACAUAUACAAGUCCAAUCGUUCCCGCAGGACCUCCGAGUGCUCGAACCCGACGUCCUGCCGUUCCCGCAAAGUGUCGGAAUGCAAGAGCGAAGGGCCCAGCCUGUCCACCUCGCCGGGGUCCGACUACAUGGUCUCGCCCACCCACCGCAGUGUGCCCGCCAACAUGUCCCGACAGUACUCCCGGAACAGCUCCAGGACCUCCCAGAGCAGCCUCCAGAGCCCCAUCAAGAGCACGUCCUCGUCGCCGCCAAAAAACGGAUCCGAGACAAGUCUCAACAAGUUCCACAACAGGCUUUUGGAUAAGUUGAAGAAGUCGCUCAGGAGUAAAGAUGCCGAAAGUGAAAGAACGAGUUCCUGAGACGAGGAGCCGAAGGACUCCACCUCCUAGAAAGUGAGGACGAUUGAGUGACUGCGACCGUGCUAACCGAACUACGUUGCGUUGUUCAGGUAUAGCAAUUGGUAUAUUGCCCUGUGAUAUGUAGCGAAAUUUCUAGAUUUAUUUAGACUGGUAGGGUUUCUGGAGGCUAGCUCGGUCGGUUUCUAAUCAUUGACUUAUUACUGUCGUCAAAAGUAGAUAUUUAUAUGACUAUUAUUACUGAAAGACUGUUUGUUGGGAGGAAAUAGGAGUUUUUAAUGAAAUAUUAUAUUAAACUUAAGAGCCUAUAUUUGCUUGUUAUCGGAGUUUGCUCCGAAUUGCUGCGAGUCAGUCGCAGCAAUUUUGAGCAGGACUAGUAUAUUGCAUAGUUUAUAAGCAAUUGUAAUGAGGGCUUUCAAGCGGAGUCUCUCAUCUAGAGGAACAUUCCAAAUCGAAAUAGUUUUGCAGUCAUAUCUAACGAAUUACACGUACAAUAAUACUUAUACGAGACCAUUUGGUACAAUGUAAUUCUACGUACUCUUGUACAAAUGUGUUCUAUACAAAUUGCGCCCUUUGUAUCGUAAUGUUUUGCUACUUAUAUGGAACCAAUUUGUAUGUAAUAUGCAGAAAUAAACUUGCCUUAUGGCCGUGUGUU